AUAAAGGAAGGACAUAGAAUAAAUGGCGAAACUCCUCUCUGCCGUGCUCGUCCUCGAAAUCCUGUGGUUCAGCAGAUCGAAAUGUGCCGCUGACCUGAGAGUUCGCUCCGGCGAAUUUGUGAAAUGUCCUCCUAGUCAUUCGUUCGAACACGGAUCUUUGCGAGUGGUGUCUCAGGACGAUGUCGACGUGAACGCCGUAUACGUAAAAUUCGGCCGUCCCGCACUUCAAAUCCUCAGACGCUUCGUUUCUGCUCGGGAUGCCCAAGACAUCGUCGACAGCCGACUCCUCAAUUUCCUUGACCGGUCGAAACCUGUAUAUUUAGUGGACAACUCAAUGAAUCUGAACGGAACCAGAUGCGACAUCAUCUGCUGCAGAACAGAAAAGGGCGCACUCGCUUUCGAGGAGAGUGCGGGUUUCUCAGACAGUUGUAGUCGUCUCGAGGUUGACGACGGAGCUCGGUGCGAAGUCAAGUGGCUGGAGCGGAUCUCUCAAGGAGUCUGCCAAUCGCAGAACCGGCGAGAUGCCACCAAUGAGAGAUGGGUCGAAUGCCAAGCGAGCAUCCCGCCUCUGGUUCCCUUCAGGCUCUCUCAGCAACCAUUAGAGUCUCAUCAUGGUUACGGGCCGGACGAGCGCGAUCCGAGCGUGAACGUGACACGAGACGUGACAUCAGCAUUCAAAAAGUGAUGACGUGAUCGAAUUUGUCGAUUUUAUAUGCCGGAAAUUA